GCGUCUGUGGCACCAGGCGGGUCGCCUCGCUCUUUGGCUGUCGCCGGCCGGGCCGGGUUGUCACCAGGCCCGAGGAUGCAGCCCGGGAGCCCCACACAGCGGCCGGCCUGAGCGCUACCCCCUAAUGGCUGCCCGGGAGCGGGGGCCCCUCCGCCCGUCCUCGGCGGGGCGCGUCCUCCAGCGAAGGUGACCGGAGGAAGGCGCCCCUCCCGCUCCCGGGAACGCCCGCGCCUGGAACGCCACUGCGCUGGACUCGCAGUCUCUGCCUGAAGGUUUGACUUCAUGCUACUGCCCUGAGAUCCAGGAUGGUUUGUUCUUGGGACCAGACAUGACCAAAAGUUGACACCAUGACCACGUCAACCUCUCCAGCUGCCAUGCUUCUCCGGAGGCUUCGGCGACUCUCCUGGGGCAGCACAGCUGUGCAGCUCUUCAUUCUAACCGUGGUGACAUUUGGCUUACUGGCCCCGCUGGCCUGCCACCGGCUCCUCCACUCAUAUUUCUAUCUGCGUCAUUGGCAUCUAAACCAGAUGAGCCAGGACUUCCUGCAGCAGAGCCUGAAGGAGGGGGAAGCUGCCCUUCACUACUUUGAAGAGCUGCCCUCUGCCAAUGGGUCUGUGCCCAUCGUCUGGCAGGCCACUCCCCGCCCCUGGCUGGUGAUUACCAUAAUCACUGUGGAUAGGCAGCCUGGCUUUCAUUAUGUCUUACAGGUAGUAUCCCAGUUCCAUCGGCUUCUGCAGCAGUGCGGCCCCCAGUGUGAAGGGCACCAGCUCUUCCUGUGCAAUGUGGAACGGAGUGUGAGCCAUUUUGAUGCUAAGCUGCUCUCUAAGUACGUCCCUGUGGCCAACCGCUACGAGGGCACCGAAGACGAUUACGGUGAUGACCCUUCCACUAACUCAUUUGAGAAAGAGAAGCAAGACUAUGUGUAUUGCCUGGAGUCAUCGCUGCAAACCUACAAUCCAGACUAUGUCCUGAUGGUGGAGGAUGAUGCUAUUCCAGAAGAACAGAUCUUCCCAGUAUUGGAGCACCUCCUGCGUGCUCGCUUCUCUGAGCCACACCUCCAAGAUGCCCUGUAUCUAAAGCUCUAUCACCCAGAGAGGCUACAGCACUACAUCAACCCAGAGCCUAUGCGGAUCCUGGAGUGGGUUGGUGUGGGCAUGCUGCUGGGGCCUGUGCUAACCUGGAUCUACAUGAGGUUUGCCUGCCGCCCAGGCUUCAGCUGGCCUGUCAUGCUUUUCUUCUGUCUCUACAGCAUGGGGCUGGUGGAACUGGUGGGCCGACACUAUUUUCUGGAACUGCGGCGCCUGAGUCCCUCCUUGUACAGUGUGGUUCCUGCCUCUCAGUGUUGUACCCCGGCUAUGCUCUUCCCUGCCCCUGCUGCCCGCAGGACCCUCACCUACCUGUCCCAGGUGUACUGCCACAAGGGCUUUGGCAAAGACAUGGCACUGUACUCUCUGCUGAGAGCCAAGGGGGAGAGGGCCUAUGUGGUGGAGCCCAACCUUGUGAAACACAUUGGGCUCUUCUCCAGCCUACGGUACAAUUUUCAUCCCAGCCUACUGUAGGAGUGCCAAGAAAUGCUUUUCUGCUAUUAGCUAUUUCUCUGGGAGAGGCACACACUGGAUUCUUUAUUUAGAUGUGGUUGCUUGCAGAUAUUUCAUUGGUCAAUGUUGCUAGGUGUUGCAGGCACUGGGACAGGGGAGGAAUGCAUCGAGUGAAAAGCCCUGACUGGGAAACCUCCAGAAGAAGCAGGAGUUUGCCACAAGUUGGAUCUCUCUCCCUCUACACAGCCACACUGCCUCAUGCAGUCUGCCUCUCUCCGUGAGGAUGAAAGUCAGUGGUAGUUAUCUUCUCUGUGUCUGCAAGUUCUGGCUCGUGACAGAGCCCAGGACUGCCAAAAAUCUUGUGCACUGUGCUGCGAGACUUGAAUUAGGAUUUUAAGGGUAGAGUAUGGUGAACAGUCAGACGCUUUUGAACAAAUUCCUUUCCCACGGUUCAAGAGCGGAUGUGUGCUGAGAAUCUAUGCCCAAAGAAGGCAGGACCAUGUUGCCAUAUUCUAUUUGUUUUCCUUGGCCUGGUGUAAUAAAAGUGUCAAAGUUGUUCUGUGUCAGUUGUCUUGGAGGUGGUGAUCUGGCUCUUCUGAGAUACAGUGACUUCUUUUCCCAGUACCUGUUGUGUAUUCAGAGUAAAUGCUAUGGAUGAAGGCUUUAAGCACAGCAGAAUCUCCGUGCGCUUUCUGAAUAACCCAAGUCGGGUUGCUUCUGUUAAAUACACAGCUAAUGCAGAACAUUUCUGUGAUAGUGUGAUUCCUUGGCAGGUGGAUAUUUCAGAAGGAGACAGAAGAAUGACCUCCAUACUAGGAGCGUAGCCUUCUCCCUACAUUUGUGACCUGAAGCUUCACCCUCAUUCCAUUUUUUACUGGUGACAGUGUAGCAUAGAAGACCAAGUAUGGCCUGGGAAGUGAAAAACCUCCUGACUUGUAUAUUCAUGGCUUCAGGGAGACACGCUUGAGAGAUUUUUAUAUCUAAAAUAUUUUAAUUGUAUGUGGGAGGAGGCAUGUUUAUGUGUGUGGAAAUACGUUCCUGUAUCUGUAGGUUAUUACGGAGGUCAGAGGUUGACAUCUGGUGUCUUUCUCAGUUGUUCUCUGCUGACAGGGGGCCUCACUGAACGCAUCAUUCACCAGUUUGUGCUCGACUGGCUAAGCAGCAAACUCCAGAGAAUCCCCUGCCUCCGCUUCCCUGCUACACGGUUGCAGAUAUGUGGCACUCUGCCUGCCUGCUGGGGAACAAGCUCAGAUCCUCACCCUUCUGUGGCACGCACUGUAUCAACUGAGCCAUCUACCUAGCCCACGUUUGUACAUUUUAGUAAGAUAUUUGUGUUUAAUGGGGACUUAGGGCGUGUGGCUUUCAACUGAAUAGUAGCUGUUUGAGCCCAACCACUGCUAAAAACAGUGACUGGUUUUUCAUUGUGGUUUCUAAUUAUUUACAGUUCAGCUUACAUCUAGCCCCACCUCC